ACCCAGCUCCGGGCCCAGCCACCAGCCCGCCCGCACUACGUCAUAACGGCGCGUCGCGCGGGAAGCCACCGGGAGAACACGCCCCUUCCUAACUCCCUCGCUUGCUUGCGUGCCCUCGAGUCAUCGCACGAACCGCGCCAGGGGUGAAGUCUCCCCAGCCAUGACCUCCACUGGCCAGGAUCCCACCACAACCAGGCCGCGAAGGAGUAGGCACAGCCCCCACUCGCCCCCUCACGAUUCCAGCGUCACCUUGAAGCGAGGUGUUAAGAAGGGUGCUGCACUCCGCUCCAGCCCUAAUCUAGCGGAGGUAAAGAAGAAAGGCAGAAUGAAGAAGCUUAACCAAGCAGCUGAGCAAGACCUAAUCGUGGGGCUGCAAGGACUGGAUCUGAACCUUGAGGCCAGGACACUGUUUGGCACUGGCUUGGUGUUUGAUGAGCAGCUCAAUGAAUUCCACUGCCUCUGGGAUGACAGCUUCCCUGAAGGCCCCGAGCGGCUCCAUGCCAUCAAGGAGCAGCUGAUCCAGGAGGGCCUCCUGGACCGCUGCGUGUCCUUUCAGGCCCGGUUCGCCGAAAAGGAGGAGCUGAUGUUGGUUCACAGCCUAGAAUACAUUGAUCUGAUGGAGACAACCCAGUACAUGAAUGAGGGGGAACUCCGCGGCCUAGCAGACACCUAUGACUCAGUUUAUCUGCAUCCGAACUCAUACACCUGUGCCUGCCUGGCCUCAGGCUCCGUCCUCAGGCUGGUGGAUGCAGUCCUGGGGGCUGAGAUCCGGAAUGGUAUGGCUAUCAUCAGACCUCCUGGACACCAUGCCCAGCACAGUCUUAUGGAUGGGUAUUGCAUGUUCAACCACGUAGCCGUGGCUGCCCGCUAUGCUCAACAGAAGCAUGACAUUCAGAGGGUCCUUAUCGUGGAUUGGGAUGUACACCAUGGUCAAGGGACACAGUUCACUUUUGACCAAGACCCCAGCGUCCUCUAUUUCUCCAUCCACCGCUACGAGCAGGGUAGGUUCUGGCCUCACCUUAAGGCCUCUGACUGGUCCACCACAGGUUUUGGCCAAGGCCAGGGAUACACCAUCAAUGUGCCUUGGAACCAGGUGGGGAUGCGAGAUGCUGACUAUAUUGCCGCUUUCCUGCACGUCCUGCUGCCAGUUGCCCUUGAGUUCCAGCCACAGCUGGUCCUGGUAGCUGCUGGUUUUGAUGCCCUCCAAGGGGACCCCAAGGGCGAGAUGGCCGCCACUCCGGCAGGGUUCGCCCAGCUGACCCACCUACUCAUGGGUCUGGCAGGAGGCAAGCUGAUCCUCUCGCUGGAGGGUGGCUACAACCUCCGCUCCCUGGCUGAAGGUGUCAGCGCCUCGCUCCACACCCUUCUGGGAGACCCUUGUCCCAUGCUGGAGUUCCCGGGCGCCCCCUGCCGGAGUGCCCAGACUUCUGUCUCCUGCGCCCUGGAAGCCCUGGAGCCCUUCUGGGAGGUCCUGGUGAGAUCAGCUGAGACCCCAGAGGAGGAGGACACCGUGGAGGAGGAAGAUGUGGAGGAGAAGGAGGAGGAGGGACUGUGGCAGCCCCCUGAGCUCCCAAUUCUGACAUGGCCAGUGCUGCAGGCUCGCACAGGGCUGGUCUACGACCAACAGAUGAUGGAUCACCACAGCAUGUGGGACAGCCACCACCCCGAGAUGCCUCAGCGCAUCCAGCGUAUCAUGCGCCGUCUGGAGGAGCUGGGCCUUGCCAGGCGCUGCCUGGCCCUGCCCGCACGUCCCGCCACGGAUGCUGAGCUGCUCACCUGCCACAGUGCGGAGUACAUGGAGCGUCUACGGGCCACGGAGAAGAUGAAAACCCGGGAGCUGCACCGCGAGAGUGCCAACUAUGACUCCAUCUACAUCUGCCCCAGCACCUUCGCCUGCGCGCAGCUGGCCACUGGGGCCGUGUGCCGCCUGGUAGAGGCUGUGCUGGCGGGAGAGGUUUUGAAUGGUAUUGCCGUGGUUCGUCCCCCUGGACACCAUGCAGAGCGGGAUGCUGCUUGCGGUUUCUGCUUUUUCAACUCAGUGGCUGUGGCUGCUCGCCAUGCCCAGGCCAUCAGUGGGCAUGCGCUGCGGAUCUUGAUUGUGGACUGGGAUGUCCAUCACGGUAAUGGAACUCAGCACAUAUUUGAGGAGGACCCCAGCGUGCUCUACAUUUCCCUGCACCGCUAUGAUCAUGGUACCUUCUUCCCCAUGGGGGAUGAGGGUGCCAGCAGCCAGGUAGGUCAGGCUGCAGGCACUGGCUUCACCGUCAACGUGGCCUGGAAUGGGUCCCGCAUGGGUGACACCGACUACCUGGCUGCCUGGCAUCGUCUGGUGCUUCCCAUUGCCUAUGAGUUUAACCCAGAGCUGGUGCUGGUCUCAGCUGGCUUUGACGCUGCCCGGGGGGACCCGCUGGGUGGCUGCCAGGUGUCGCCUGAGGGCUAUGCCCACCUCACCCACCUGCUGAUGGGCCUGGCCAAUGGCCGCAUUAUCCUGAUCCUAGAGGGUGGCUAUAAUCUGACAUCCAUCUCGGAGUCCAUGGCUGCCUGCACCCGUUCCCUCCUUGGGGAUCCACUCCCCAUGCUGACCCUCCUGCGGCCCCCACUAUCAGGGGCCCUUGCCUCGAUCACUGAGACCAUCCAAGUCCAUCGCAGAUACUGGCGCAGCUUGCGGGUCAUGAAGGUCGAAGACAAAGAGGGACCCUCCAGUUCUGAGUUGAUCACCAAGAAGUCACCCCAACCAGCACAUCCUGGGUCAGCCAAGGGGUUGACCAUGCCAGAAGGGAACAUUCUGGAUGCAGGCCUGGGAAAGGCCACCUCAGCAUCAUCCGUGAAAGAGUCCGCUUCAGAGACAGCUGUGGUGAAGCUCACUCAGGACCAGUCCUCAGAGGCAGCCAUAGGAGGAGCCACACUGGACCAGACCACCUCGGAAGAGGCAACAGGGGGAGCUGAGCCGAUCCAGAACCCUCCAGCCUCAUGCCCUGUCAACCAGACUCCUCCCACCUCACCCGUACAAGGAGCCACAACCCAGGAGCAAUCCCCCAGUAAGCUGAUUGGGAAUCUCAGGACCUUGGAACUGGACAGUGAGCCUCAGGAACCCCCCGAAGAGAAGGGGCUACUAGGAGAGGCAGCUGGAGGUCAGAACACGGAUGAAUCAGUGCUGACGCAGGUCUUUGGAGACCAUGCUGACACUGACCAGGUCAUGUUUUAUGCUGUGACGCCACUCCCCUGGUGUCCCCAUUUGGUGGCAGUAUGCCCCACACCUGAAGCAGGCCUCAGUGUGACCCAACCCUGUCAGGACUGUGGAACACACCAGGAGAACUGGGUGUGUCUGUCUUGCUAUCAGGUCUACUGCGGUCGUUACGUCAACGGUCAUAUGCUCCAACACCAUGAAGGCUCGGGACACCCGCUGGUACUCAGCUAUGCUGACCUGUCUGCCUGGUGCUACUGCUGUCAGGCCUAUGUCCAUCACGAGGCUCUCCUAGCCAUGAAGAACAUCGCCUACCAGAACAAGUUUGGGGAGGAUUUGCCCCACUCACACUAAAUCCCAGAAUGUGCUGCUCUUCACCUGUGAAGCCCAAGAAAGACCAGCCUUAGUUCAUUCCAACCUGUAUCUUGGAUGAGGGGCAGCCUUAAUCCUUCUGAUCCUGAAGACCCUUUACAACUCCCCAAGGGUGCUGAUUUAAGUGUAAAUACUUGUACGCGGACUGUGAUGAUCAGUUGGAGAUCUCCCCCUGCCUGCUCGAGGGACUCCAUCUACUCUGCCAGAAGGAAAGUGGGGCAGCUCAGCGGCUCCAAGACAGGGCUCAUAUCAUAAAGAUGAUACUUUAGAGGGAGGGGGGAUCAACUGGCAGGUAUUGGCGGGGUUGCAUAUGUAAUAAAGUACAAGUUGUUGCAAA